UAUUAACCAAACUUUUAAACAAACAAAUUAAAACUAUACAAAACUCGACUUAGUUCAUUUGCAACCCUUGGAAAAGGGGAUGGUGUUCCCUCUAAACUUAAGAAUGUGUCCAACCCUCUCUUAUCUCACACCAUCUCUAAAAUGAGCUCCGUAGACGCAGCGCCAUCACACCCAGACCCACGCCGAAUACACGCACACGCCAUCAAAACCAGCAACACCGAACGUUCCCUCCUCAACAACCUCAUCACCCUCUACUCCAAAUCAAACCUCUUAUCAGACGCUCUCCGUCUCUUCCAUCAAAUCCCAUUCCCAAACGUCGUAUCAUGGACGGCCCUGAUCUCAGCUCACUCCAACACUCUCUGUUCCCUCCACCACUUCAUCUCCAUGCUCCGCCACCCUAUCCUGCCCAACCAGCGCACUUUAGCCUCCCUCUUCAAAACCUGCGCUGCCCUCCCUUCCCUCUCCUUCGGCCUCCAGCUCCACACACUCUCUCUAAAACUGUCUCUCUCUACCCAGCCCUUUGCAGCCUCCGCCCUCGUCCAUUUCUAUUCGAAAACCCGUCUCCCCAACGAAGCACGCAAAGUGUUCGACGAAAUUCCUGAGAGAGACGACGUCUGUUAUUCCACUGUUAUUGUCGGCCUCGCGCAAAACUCGCGGUCUUUCGAGGCACUUUCUUACUUUGCUGACAUGAGAGCAUGCAAUGUUGGGUCUUCUAUGUAUAGUUUGUCCGGUGCGCUUCGUGGGGUGGCGGAGCUGGCCGCGUUGGAGCAAUGUAGGAUCAUUCAUGGGCAUUCUGUGGUUACUGGGCUCGGCUCGAAAGUGAUUGUUGCGACCGCUUUGGUUGAUGGGUACGGGAAGUGUGGUCUUAUAUUGGACGCUCGCGGUCUGUUUGAUGAGUUAUUGCCGGAUAUGAAUGUUAUUGGGUGGAAUGCUAUGAUGGCAGCUUAUGCGCAACAAGGGGACAAUAAUUCAGUUACUGAGCUUUUUGGUUCCAUGGAGGCUAGAGGGCUUGUGCCGGAUGAAUAUAGCUUUUUAGCUCUUCUAACAUCGUUUUGCAAUGCGGGUUUGGUUAGUGAGACAGAGCACUGGCUGGCGAAAAUGAAAUUGGAUUAUGGGUUGGAACCUUGGCUUGAGCAUUAUACAUGUUUGGUGGGUGCAAUGGGUCGAGCUGGGCGAUUGGAGGAUGCUGAGAGGGUUGCGAUGACACUGCCAUUUGAGCCGGAUGCAGCAGUAUGGCGGGCAUUAUUGUCGACCAGUGCAUACCAUGGCAAUGCUGAUAUGGCUCGGGCAAUGGCCAAACGCUUGUUGGAACUUGACCCACGUGAUGAUUCAGCUUAUGUGAUUGUUGCCAAUGCAUUUGCAGGUGCAGGACGGUGGCAAGAAGUUAAGGAAGUUAGGAAGAUGAUGAAAGAUAAGAGAGUGAGGAAAAAAGGCGGGCGGAGUUGGAUAGAAGUGCGAGGAGAGGUUCAUGUGUUUUUAGCAGGGGACAAGAAGCACGAAAGGGCUGAUGAGAUUUACACGAAGCUGGCAGAGUUGAUGGAGGAGAUUGAGAAAUUGGGUUAUGUGCCGAUUUGGGAUGAGGUGUUGCAUGAGAUGGAGGAAGCAGAGAAGAGGGAAGUGCUUUGGCAUCACAGUGAGAAGUUGGCGGUGGCGUUUGGGUUGCUCAGUGGGGCUGCACCACCAGGGAAAGCUUUAAGGAUUGUGAAGAAUUUGAGGAUAUGCAGGGAUUGUCACGAGGCUAUGAAGUAUAUAAGCAGAGUGGUGAAAAGGGAGAUUAUUGUUAGGGAUGUUAACAGAUAUCACAGGUUCUUGAAUGGUAGUUGCACUUGUAGAGAUUACUGGUGAUCCAUUCAAGAUUAAUUACUAUAAUGCUGGCAAACCAAAACCCGAAAUUUGACAAUAUAAACAUGGAGGGAGGGAGGGUUGUACAUGUGGAGAUUUUUGUGAUUUAUUUACGAUAAACCCCAAUAAUGUUGCACAAUGUUGAGAAAGAAAACGUAAAUUUUGAUGAUACAUGGAAUUCAUUGGCAUGGUGCACAAUGCUGAGAAAGAAAACCUAAAUUUUGAUGAUACAGAGAAUUCAUUGGCAUGGUUUUCUUCCGGUAGCUGUUGCUUGGGUGGCUUUCAGUCACGGGCGAGAAGACUGAAGCAACCACAAUUUCAUUCUUUGCCAUUUGAGGCCUACGAGUAGAAACUGUUGUUUGCCUCCAUGCCCAGAUGGUUGAUUCACCUGCGCUUGUUUGCUGACUGAUUGCCAUAGCCACAUCGGAAUGUUGGUGGAUCAGAUGGGGUAGGUGCACUAUUAGUAACACUAGUUUUUUCAUCCAUUUUUCAGCGAGCAUGAAUGAGUAGGUGAUUCUCAGCUGCUACUGCACGAUGGGUUGAACCAAAUUUUUCGGAAAGAUGUAAAUUGUUUUCUACGCCCUCUGUCUCGAAAAGAAUGUUAGUAACGGUUUCCCAAAAAAAAUAUUUAUUUUGGAAUUGAGGGAGUACAUUAAAAGAGCGGUAAUUGUGGUUCUAUUUUAUCUAUUUUUGUUCGCAUGCUA